AUGAAGAAAUCGAUUGCGAUUUUAUCUUCAGCGAAGAGAUUUUUCUUCAGUAUCAGAAAGGGAAUCCUGAAUCUGAUUCUUUCUCGUUCCAGGAAUCACGCUCGUGAGUCUCCCUCAGUCGUUGCGGAACAUAAACAGUCUUAUGUUCAUGUCAAUUUUGGGUUUUCCGAGCAAGAGACCCAUCGAUUUGAUGAUUUGACAAUCGCCGUCAUUGUUCACCGUACCGCCGGGGCUAAAUUCGGCGAUGUUGUUGGAUUCACCGAGAUUCUUGGGUCUUCUCUCUCCCGUUCAGAUCUCUGUAACGUAUGGCUUCACAUUGUUCUUGAUGUAGAUGUGGGUCAAAGUUGUUUGGUUUUAAGGUUCUCUGAUGAUUCCUUUACCACUAGCUUUAUCACCACCAUUGGGGAGGUUGUUGAUGCUUGUAAUCAGCAUCUCAAGCGUGUUAUGGACCUCUUAGUGAAGCACGAGUAUCUCCUCAAGCAUCUUCAGAUACACUCUUCAUAUUCCGCUUCUGGGAUUUACUUGUUUCGUUCUUGA